UAUGAAGAGUACCACUAAGAUCUAUUAGUACCAUUUUUAUUUGUUUUGCCAUAUUUUGCAAAAUUUUAUUAUUUAUUUUAUAUAUAUUUAUAUAUUAUAUAUUAAAUUUCGUUAUUUAUCCAAUAUUUGCUACACAAUUCGAAGUAUAUAUAUUACAUACACAAUUACGAUAUAACGUUGACUUAACGAUGGAAGCCUUGUUACAUGGCGUAGUAUCUCUGUCUAAUCUAGCAACGGCAUUGAAAAUAACGUGACGUAACGUAUUCUUCUCUUGUAUAAAUUUACCGUAGGGAAAAUAAAUCACUUUUAAUGACAGAGAAGGUAGCAUAUCGUGGCAACUGUAUAUAUAAGUCUAAACAAUUACAAAAUAGUAACGUAAAGUUUCUCAUUGCACGUGGUCAAAUAUGGCGCUCUCCAUGAGGCAGGAAGAUGUAAAACAAGUACCAUGGUUUUCUCUCGCAGAAUGGCAUCAAGUAUAUAAACAGAUUUAUUCUAACAAUAUAAAUGAACAAUUAAUGGGAUAUGAAAUGUUGCUUGCAUGGAAAGCAAGGAUACCAAAAUUACCGAUAGGAGUUGAUUGUACUCUAUCAAUUAUGCAAGUGUGUAUUAGAGAUCGUGAAUGGACUUCUAAGAUUAAUAAUGGCGAAUUGCCAAUUAGUUAUGAAAAUGAUUUAUGUUUGAUGUAUUCAACUACAAUAAUGAGAUUUUUAAAUCAUAUAUCUAAUAUAGGACAUACGAAGCAAACAUCCUUGUUUCAGAUUGCAAAGCAACUCAAUAUUCCAGAAUGGAUAGUAAACUUAAGGCAUGAUACUGCUCAUGGUUAUGAAUUACCAUCUAUUGAUGUAUUGAGAAUAGCAAUGAAUAUAUUGUUAACCUGGCUACAUGAAGAAUAUUGGACAGCUGAAGGCAAAAGAAUUGAAUGCUUAAUUACUGAAGAAUCUAUGAAAGAAAUUCAAGAGAGUGAAGAAGUACAGGAUUUUAGUGAUUUAAUUGAACUUUGGAGUUCUGUUAGUCUGUACAUUCAUGCUGGUUAUCAUUUAGUAUCUAAUGUUCCAGAUUCUCAAUUGAGGGAAACAUUACAAGAUCUACGUUCUUAUGCUAUCUCUUUAUUGGAAAAAAAUAGUGAAGAUGUGCAAAAUGAAAAAGAUAACUAUAUUGAGACUGUUAGAGAGACUGAUAUAAAAAAAGAUAAAAAAUAUACAUUAGAAACUGCAAGAAUCGUUCUUUUAUCAGAAAUAUGUAGAUAUCUUAACAAAAAAUCCAUACCCAAUAAGAAAAAUAUAGUUUGCAAUGCAUUAUUUAAUUCAGAAAUUUUUUUACCAAAUAAAGAUAUUUUAUUAAUUUUUACUCAAAAUGAGGAUAUUGAAACUACAUUGAAAAAAAAUGUAUUGCCAUUAGGCAUGAUCGAGUUUUGGAAAGAUAUAAUAUUUGUAUUAUAUGAAAAAGAUUUCAUGGAAGUAUUGAUUAUAAAAUUACUUGAAUUAGUAGAUAAUGAAGAAAUAAAUAAAGAAAAAAGAUUAUUAGCUUCUUUAUGGAUAAGUUCUAUAUCAUAUAGUUUUUUAAAAUUAAAUAAUGCUCAUUGUAUAUCUCGAGUUCUAGAAUAUCAGUUAGAAAAAACACAAAAAAAUUUACCAGUAAAAACUUUUGAACUUAAAGUCAAAGAAGAAACAGAUCGUAUUUAUCCGCAAUUGAAAUGUGUAUUAUGGUUUAAUUUAUCAGAUACAAUGUUACCAUGUCUAACUGAUAUAAAAUUUAUUUCAAAGCUUAUAUUAAAUGUAAAUGAAUUCUCAAUUAAAUUCAUUGUGCCUCUUUUAGAAUUAAUAAGUCCAAUAAUAGAUAAUGAUAAUAAGCACUUAUUAUUAAAUUUAAUGAAUCUUUAUAUAAUAGUUGAUAAAAAUAAUAUGGAUUCUUAUGAAUAUGAAAAAACUUUUAUUCUCAAAGAUAUCCAAUUUAAUAAAUGUGUAUUAAAUACAGAAAAUAAUACACAAAAUAAUUUACAAGAUAAAACAUAUCAUAUUUUUACCAAUGAAAAUAUUAGAAAUAAUUACUGGAACUUUGCAGUUACAACUUAUAAUUGGGCAGAAUAUCCAAUUGGUUUGCUUCCUUGGCAAGAUGAUACCUUGGAAUUUAUAAAUCCAUUUUAUAGUACAAUACAAGAAUAUAAUAUUUCAGAAUUAGAAUCCAAAAUUGUUCCUGGAAUUAUAGAUGAGAAAAAUUUAAAAAUGAAAAGUCAAAUUAAUUGGAAUAAUAUUCUAAGGAAAAAAAAGCGUUUAAAAAGGAAACAAGAACGAAGAAAUGCAGAUGUUAUAAUGAAUAAAGCAUUAGAAACUGCUAAAAAACAAAAAUAGUAUAUUAUAAUGUUCUAUAUGCAUUUUAUUUAUUAUUAGCAUAUUCACAAAAAAUAUGAAAAUAGAAAAAAAUUCAACAAUAUAGGUUUUCUUAUUUAUAAAUAAAUUAUACAAUUUUAUUAAAAUAUAGUCAAGAUAUAAACAA